AUGGCUCAAGCAACGAGUCAUCCUCUUCCUCCGACUCCCCCGCCGCCCAUCUACUCUCCUCCCCUCAGAAUCGGUAGCCCACAGAUCAUAGAGCCCGUGGGAGAGCGCGCGACUGGCCUACCGCGUUCAGUUUCUGCUCAAUCGAAGGAAACGGGCAACCCUGCCAUCUCGAUGUCUACAGUAGACGAGCGACCACCGUCAGCGUCCGCUGCGCCCACCAACCUGCAGAUCCAUCCUCCUGAAACUGCGCUGUCAAAAUCAACGGAUCCGAUGGCACCAAAGCGAACGUUGACUCCGCAACCUUCCCAACAGCAGGAUCCAAACAGACUGUCACCUACGCCGCAGGCCAUGAUCAGGAGGCGGCCAGUGGACGGCGACAGUGUUACCGACCACCGACGGGUCUCUUCUGAGAAUUUUAUGUCAAAAGAUGGGAAUAUCGAAUUGACCCCCUUCCAGAAAAGAUCUGCGAGACAUGCCUCGACAUCCGCUCUAGAAACAGAACCGCCUUCGGGAAGCUUCGAACCAUUGCGUUAUCACCACCAGCUCACGGAUCCUGAAAUGAAUUCCCUUGACAAGCGGGCCUCCCAGUUAACCAUCAAUACUGACGGUUCUGGGCAGCUGGACGGUAAUCGUAACAGUACCUAUGGCCGGAAUCUGCAGCGACCAGACAGCGGCUUCUCGAGCACUUCUGACUUUCGUGGCCGAUCCCUUUCUCCCAAUCUGUCCCCUGGCCGACCCGUGUCCAGAGGCUCACGCUCGCCCGAUACUCGACCUGUCUCGUAUGUCGAUCUUCUCAAUGUGCCCUACCCUCAGCCUGCGCCAAGUGGUGCAGAACAUCUAUUCAAUCUAGGCCUUCGUAAUGUGGUUGGAACAAACGCCAAUCUUCUGUCCACCAAGAAAACGCUCGAUAUGUACCUUGCCAAUGUCAAGAAGACCAACGAUUCAGCUGUGCAGUAUGAAUUUGCUGUUUUCAUGAUUAGCGCGGCUCAGGAGCAGGGACUCGAAGCAGACGCGCAGUCGGAGGCGGCGACGUCAGAGAAAUCGCAUCAGUCUGUGAGAAACGAUAUGCUGAAAGAGGCCAAGCAUAUCCUGCAGAGAUUGGCCGACCGCUCAUACCCAUUCGCACAGUAUUAUUUGGCCGACGGAUAUGCGUCGGGUCUGUUCAACAAUGGCAAAGAAGACUGGGAUCGGGCAUUUCCUCUUUUCCUGGCCGCGUCGAAACAUGGGCAUGCGGAGGCGGGGUACCGUACCGCGUUGUGUUACGAAUUUGGCUGGGGUUGUCGGGUGGAUGCAGCCAAAGCAGUGCAAUUCUACCAACAUGCCGCCAGCAAAAACCAUCCUGGAGCCAUGUUACGACUUGGACGAGCGUGCUUGACUGGCGACAUGGGAUUGACCAAACGUUACCGUGAGGGCGUGAGAUGGCUCAUGCGAGGUGCCGAAUCUGCCGAUUACCAGUACAACCAAGCCCCUUACGAUCUAGGAUGCCUUCACGAAACAGGUUACGGACCGGACGUGUUCAAGGAUGAGUCCUACGCCGCUCAGCUGUACACAAAAGCUGCCGACCUGGGCCAUGUCGAUGCCAACUACCGUCUCGGGCAAGCAUAUGAACUCGGUCAAUUAAAAUGCCCCCAAGAUCCGGCCCUCAGCAUUCACUUCUACACUGGUGCUGCGGAACGGGGGCAUGCCGAAUCACAGAUGGCUCUUUGCGCCUGGUACAUGGUUGGCGUGCCCAACGUUCUGGAAAAGGACGAAGCCGAGGCAUACGAAUGGGCCAAAAAGGCCGCUGCACAGGGUUUACCUAAGGCGGAAUAUACCGUGGGCUACUUUACGGAAACGGGCAUAGGUUGCCGUCGUGAUCCGCUCGAAGCCAAUGUCUGGUAUGUGAGAGCAGCAGAACACGGUGACGAGAGAGCCAAACAUCGAAUCGCAGCUAUCAAAGCUGCUGGUGCAGGGGCAGAUCCCAUGACAGCGGCAGCGGCCGGGAAGAAAGGACUCUUGACGGACAGUAAAAGUUCGGGCAAUAUUGGAUCAAACGACGGUGGAAAGAAGAAAAAGUUCGGCAUCUUCUAG